UUAAAACAAAGAUGGAUCUUUUCAUGACCCUGAUAAUCGUACUCUCCUCUGGACUUACCCUCAGCUCCUGCUCACAGCCCCCCCCUCGUCAGUACCACUAUGUUUCCACACCAAAGAACUGGACCGAAGCCCGACAGUUCUGCAGAGAGAAAUACACCGACCUGGCCACCUUUGACAACAUGGAUGACAUCAGCAGGCUGAAAGCUGAUUUCUCUUAUUCCCUGGCCUGGAUCGGACUCUGGGAUGACCCUGAAAACUGGAAAACCUCCAUGGGCAGUGACACCAACUCUUGGAGGUGGUCAGCAACAGGAGAAACCAGCAGAACCGGGUACCAGAGCUGGGAGUAUGGACGACCAAUAUAUACCGAUGAAAAGAAUUUGUGUGUAUUGAUCCAUUCUGAUACAUCUUGGCAUGAUUACACAUGUAAGACGACAGAAAAAUUCAUCUGCUACAAUGUUUCAGAGAACAACAAGAAAAACUAUUUCCACAUCCCAACCAAGAAAACCUGGCAGUCUGCUCAACAGUACUGCAGGGAGAACUUCACCGACUUGGCCAUGAUUGAGAAUGAGGCAGAAAACACUGAGGCCAUCAGAGGAAAACCAGAUACUGGUUAUUAUUGGAUCGGACUUCCCCUCAGCUCCUGCUCACAGCCCCCCCCUCGUCAGUACCACUAUGUUUCCACACCAAAGAGCUGGACCGAAGCCCGACAGUUCUGCAGAGAGAAAUACACCGACCUGGCCACCUUUGACAGCAUGGAUGACCUCAGCAGGCUGAAAGCUGAUUUUUCUUAUUCCUGGGCCUGGAUCGGACUCUGGGAUGACCCUGAAAACUGGAAAACCUCCAUGGGUAGUGACACCAACUCUUGGAGGUGGUCAGCAACAGGAGAAACCAGCAGAACUGGAUACCAGAACUGGGAACCUUUACAGCCAGAUUACUGGAAAGCACAGGAGACAUGUGUAUUGACCCAGAACAACAAGAAAAACUAUUUUCACAUCCCAACCAGCAAAACAUGGCAGUCUGCUCAGCAGCACUGCAGGGAACACUUCACCGACUUGGCCAUGAUUGAGAAUGAGGCAGAAAACACUGAGGCCUUCAAAGCAACACCGGGCACUGGUUCUUAUUGGAUCGGAACCCCUGGACUUGGUCUGACCGGAGCCAAAGCUCCUUCUGGGAUCUGGCACCACACAAAAAAUAACGUUAAUGGUCAACAACACUGUGGGGAAGAAAAUCCGCAACAUGAAUGGGGGGAUGAUUAUUGUUACGUUAAGAAGCCCUUCAUCUGCCAUCAAGUUUCAGAGAACUACAAAAAAAACUUUUUCCACAUCCCAACCAGCAAAACAUGGCAGUCUGCUCAGCAGCACUGCAGGGAACACUUCACCGACUUGGCCAUGAUUGAGAAUGAGGCAGAAAACACUGAGGCCGACAAUGCCAAACCAGGGGGAAGUUUUUAUUGGAUCGGUCUGUACAGGAACCCCUGGACUUGGUCUGACCGGAGCCAAAGCUCCUUCAGGAACUGGCAGCCGGGCGGCCUAAAUAACGCUGGAGAUCAACAACACUGUAUCACUGAAAAUACAGACCAUGAGUGGGCUGAUGAAGAUUGUGGAGUUAAGUGGCCCUUCAUCUGCAAUCAAGUUUUAAGGCGGAACACCGUUUUCAGGAUGACGACUGAGACUGAUGUUGACCUCUCUGAUCCAGACAUUCAGUCCCAGGUCCUCCAGAAGUUUCCACAUUCUUACUGUUUGGUUUUGAUUUCUUUGAUUCCAUCAAAGAUGGAGGCUUUGCUCAGAAGCAGGGGAUUGACGGACUUCAAACUGAGAUGGAAGUUGCAAUCCGGAAAAAAAGACAAGGACCAAUGCGCCAAACAGGAAUGUGAUACUGGACUUCCCCUCAGCUCCUGCUCACGGCCGCCCACUCGCCAGUACAUCAUUUUUGACUGGCCAAAGAGCUGGACGGAAGCCCGACAGUUCUGCAGAGAGAAAUACACCGACCUGGCCACCUUUGACAGCAUGGAUGACAUCAGCAGGCUGAAAGCUGAUUUCUCUUAUUCCUGGGCCUGGAUCGGACUCUGGGAUGACCCUGAAAACUGGAAAACCUCCAUGGGCAAUGACACCAACUCUUGGAGGUGGUCAGCAACAGGAGAAAAAGGCAGAACCGGGUACCAGAACUGGGCCUCUGGAGAACCAGAUUACGCUUAUGGUAACGAAACCUGCACAGCGAUAGGGAACGGAUUUUGGCAAGACAAGGACUGUGAGGUGACGGCAGAAUUUCUGUGCUUUAACGGACUUCCCCUCAGCACCUGCUCACAGCCCCCCCCUCGUCAGUACCACUAUAUUCCCAGAGAAAUGAGCUGGACCAAAGCCCGACAGUUCUGCAGAGAGAAAUACACCGACCUGGCCACCUUUGACAGCAUGGAUGACCUCAGCAGGCUGAAAGCUGAUUUCUCUUAUUCCUGGGCCUGGAUCGGACUCUGGGAUGACCCUGAAAACUGGAAAACCUCCAUGGGUAAUGACACCAACUCUUGGAGGUGGUCAGCAACAGGAGAAACCAGCAGUACCGGGUACCAGAACUGGGGGUCUGAAGAACCAAAUUACUACGGAGCAAAUCAAAAAUGUGUAGUCAUUGGUGAUGGUGCAUUGUGGUUAGAUGACACAUGUGAGACCAAAAGAGAAUUCAUCUGCUUCAACGCAGUUUCAGAAAACAACAAGAAAAACUAUUUCCACAUCCCAACCAGCGAAACAUGGCAGUCUGCUCAGCAGCACUGCAGGAAACACUUCACCGACUUGGCCAUGAUUGAGAAUGAGGCAGAAAACACUGAAGCCAACAAUGCAAAACCAGGGGGAAGUUUUUAUUGGAUCGGUCUGUACAGGAACCCCUGGACUUGGUCUGACCGGAGCCAAAGCUCAUUCAGGAACUGGCAGCCGGGCGGCAUGAAUAAUGUUUUUGGGGCACAACACUGUAUUACGGAAAAUGCAGACCAUGAGUGGGCUGAUGAAAAUUGUGGAGCUGAGUGGCCCUUCGUCUGCCAUCAAGUUGUAGGGCCGAGCACCGUUGUCAGGAUGACGACUGAGGCUGAUGUUGACCUCUCAGAUCCACACAUUCAGUCCCAGGUCCUCCAGAAGGUAAACCACUUCUGCCUCAGCUGGGACUUCUCAGCAGAAACUAAAGCUCUGAAGGCUGCUUCCUCAAUUCCUUUUCAGAUGGAGGCUCUGCUCAGAGCCCGGGGAUUGACCGACGUCAAACUGCACUCCUGCUCACAGCCCCCCCUUCGUCAGUACCACUAUGUUCCCACAGAAAUGAGCUGGACCGAAGCCCGACAGUUCUGCAGAGAAAAAUACACCGACCUGGCCACCUUUGACAGCAUGGAUGACCUCAGCAGGCUGAAAUCUGAUUUCUCUUAUUCCUGGGCCUGGAUCGGACUCUGGGAUGACCCUGAAAACUGGAAAACCUCCAUGGGCAGUGACACCAACUCUUGGAGGUGGUCAGCGACCGGGGAAACCAGCAGAACCGGGUACCAGAACUGGUACCCUGGAGAACCAGAUUACGACUGGGCAGAGGAAACGUGUGCAGUGAUGGGUGGUUUUGGACUAUGGAACGAUGUUUCCUGUGACGUUCAAAGACCAUUUCUUUGCCAUAACGGACUUCCCCUCAGCUACUGCUCACAGCCCCCCCUUCGUCAGUACCACUAUGUUCCCACAGAAAUGAGCUGGACCGAAGCCCGACAGUUCUGCAGAGAGAAAUACACCGACCUGGCCACCUUUGACAGCAUGGAUGACCUCAGCAGGCUGAAAGCUGAUUUCUCUUAUUCCUGGGCCUGGAUCGGACUCUGGGAUGACCCUGAAAACUGGAAAACCUCCAUUGGCAGUGACACCAACUCUUGGAGGUGGUCAGCGACCGGGGAAACCAGCAGAACCGGGUACCAGAACUGGUACCCUGGAGAACCAGAUUACGACUGGGCAGAGGAAACGUGUGCAGUGAUGGGUGGUUUUGGACUAUGGAACGAUGUUUCCUGUGACGUUCAAAGACCAUUUCUUUGCCAUAACGUUUCAGAGAACAACAAGAAAAACUAUUUCCACAUCCCAACCAGCAAAACAUGGCAGUCUGCUCAGCAGCACUGCAGAGAACACUUCACCGACUUGGCCAUGAUUGAGAAUGAGGCGGAAAACACUGAGGCCGACAAUGCAAAAACAGGAAUGCUAUUCCAUUGGAUCGGUCUGUACAGGAACCCCUGGACUUGGUCUGACCGGAGCCAAAGCUCCUUCAGGAACUGGCAGCCGGGCGGCCUGAAUAACGUUUUUGGGGCACAACACUGUAUUACGGAAAAUACAGACCAUGAGUGGGCUGAUGAAGAUUGUGGAGCUAAGUGGCCCUUCAUCUGCCAUCAAGGUUGCUGC